AUGGAGUCUCCCCCGUCGGCCGCCGCCAAGGGGAGCGAAGGAGCCCGAGGCCGGCCGCUGCAGCCGGUGGAGGGCUCGUGGGCCCGGUGUGUGCGGCGCCGCCUGGCCACUCAGCUCCAGGAUACGGGCCGGGCCGAGCCGCAGCAGGUGGAGGUGCUGGUGGCCGAGCUGGUGGCCGUCUUCGCAGAGGUGUUGCAGAAGAGCAGCCGCGGGGCCUGGCUGCGCCUGAUGGAGGCGCUGAGGCUGCUGGCCCCCUUCCAGCACCUGCUGGCCGGCCGGCCGGAGCUGCUGCCCUAUCUGGACAGCCUCCGCUACCAGUACCGGAGCAGCCAGGCCUUGGUGUCGGACCUGGACGUGCUGGGAGCCGUGGGGCAGGCCUUCCCCCAAGACUGGCCCCUGCUGGGGGGUCCUCUGCAGGCUGCUCGCCCCAAAGACCCUGCGCCCCUGGCCAAGGCGCUGCCCUGCGGCCCGGAGCCGGUCUUUGCGGGCCUGCCCUUUCCCUUUGCUCCUGACUGCGGGCUGGAAGACACCUCCGGCCUGCUGCACCCGGCCCCCAUCACUUUGCAAGAGCUGCAGAGGAGCGCGGGGGCGGUGGGCAGCGUGCUCUCGCUGGAGGAGGCCCCCCAUGCCAGCUGCCUGGGCCUCAUGGCGCUUUCCAUAGCCACAGACGUGCCCACGGAAUAUUUGCCCUGUCCGGCACUGGAAGAGGAGCCCGUCGUCGUGGCAGCACAGUAAGGGCCUGGCUAGGCGGGGCCGUGCCCAGCAGCCCCUCGGGCCCUGCGUGAGAAGGUGGCGCCCGCGGCAGGCGAGGGCCCGCCCAUGACAGGUCUGCAGGCCGUGGAGGUCUUUGUUAGGAACCGGCAGGCGAGGCAAAUGCGCUUCUUGUACCUGAACGUGGCCUCCAGCCGGCACUUCAGGCCCUACGACCUGGUGGUGGUUCCGAAGAGGCUGGCUGCCCCCCACCACUACGUCUUCUCCCCCUUUGGGGUGCUGCACGUCCACCCCGAGGAGGGCACGGAGGCCCUGGCGCUGGGCGCCUGGCACCGGCAGGCCAUGCUGUGGCAGCUACUGCAGCACAUCCCCUUCUUCCGCCUCUUCCUGGUCCGCAAGGCCUUCCUCCGCUGGGCCUGCCACGUGAAGCACCUUUGCCGCCUGAAGCACCGGGAGAUGCUGGGCUCCGAGCUGCUCCACGCAGUGCCCCACUUUGGAGCCGCCUUGCUGCACAUUUCCAGGCUCUUGCAGGAGAUGCGGACUGCCCACUGGCUGCCCCAGAGCGCUGCCAAGUGCUGGAGCUUUGCGGAGCUCGAGUGGGCUCUUUCCCAGGAGAACAGCCACGCCCAAGACUUGCUCCACAGGUUCCUCACCCUCUCCUCCUCCAUCCUGGAGCUGGUGCGCGACGAUACGUACAAGAUGGUGGACAGGCUGCAGGAGCAGGUGCAAGGCCAGAAGCUGUAUGUCACCAAGGAGUCCUUGUACAAUCAGCGGAUGGAGUCCGAGAGGCUGCAGCGCCGCCUGCAGGAUGCCGAGUCCUGGCUGCAGAAGCUGGGCUUCCUGGCCCUCCUGGUGAACUUCUUCAUCUGCCAGAACCUGGUCUCCAUCGUGCAGGAAGAGCUCACCACCUUUGUCAGCCGCACCAUGCAGGCCGAUGGCACCAAGCGGAAAGCCAUCAUCCAGGUGGAGCUGGUGUUUGACGCAGAGGAGAAGCUGGCGAUCUUCCCCUCCUCGGCGGAGCUGGAGGCCUGCCUCUUGGGCGCCCUGGAUUCUGUGGUGGAGUCUGUCCUGCUGGUGACGCAGAGCAAGAGCGAGGCAGCGGGAGUUUCCCCGGAACCAGAGCAAAGCCUGCCCCAGCCGAGUCGUGGGCCGGGCUCAAGAGGGCCAAGCGUGAGCAGGGGGCCAGCCGUCCAGGAGAUGAGCCGUGCUGGCCAGGGCCUGUCGGAGCCUCUGUGUCGAUUGCCGGUGGGGCCAUCUGGGGAGGACCCGCAGCUGGUGCACCGCCUGAACCUGAAGGCCAUGGGUGGCCUGGAAGUGGUGGGCCACCGGCUACGGGGCCAGUAUCCCUUGCUGUCCCGAGAGCAGCUGGAGAAGGAUCUGCAGUCAGACAGCAUCGUCCAGGAGGCUCGGGCAAAGCAGCAGGCCCUGCUGAGGACUGCACUGCUGGAGAGCAACCACCUGUGCUGCGAGUACGCCUGGCUGUCGGAGCUCUACCACUUUGCCCACAGCUGGAGUGCCGACCAGCUGGGAGACAUGAAAGGCUGGCCCUACGAGGAGUACGUGAACCGCAUCGUCAAGCUGCGCACGUGGAUGAGCCGCGUCAAGCAAGUGCCACAGUCCGUGGUCACAUCCAACUGCCUCCUCUUCGUGGACUGCUCUGGCAUUCACCGGGACAUCCUGCCCCUCCUGGCAGCCAUCACCGAGGACAUCCUGUCCCUCUUGCUGCAAGAGACGACCCAGCGGAGCGAGCUGCUGAUUGCCGAGAUCUCCGAGGUUCUGCAGCUGUACCUGACCAUCAGCACCGACAUCUUUACCAUUGCCAAGUGCUCCCAGAAGCUGGAGCACUACCAAGGGCAGAUGGCUGAGCUGCAGAAGUCUGUAGACUACGUGCGGGGCCUCAAUGAGGUCAUCCAGCAGUGUUUCCGCCCACUCAGCUCCAGUGAAGAGAGCCUGGAAAACACGCUCCUGGACACCUGGGAUGCGUUUGUGUACCAGCAGCGGGAGGUCUCUGACUUCAUCGUCUCCCGGCGCCUGAGCAUCAUUGCGGAGCUCAGCAGGUCCCUCCAUAAGGCCGUGCGGGAGCUGCAGGAGAUCUUGGCCGUGGUCACGGUGGGACGUUUCCAGGACUCCUCCCAAAACCCUCGUGCCAUGGAGGAGGAGCUGCACAAACUCCUGCAGCACUUCCAAGUGAUGGUGGUGCGCAUCGCUGAGCUCUGCCGUUCCCAGAAGAUCCUGACAGGCGAGUCCAUGGAUGUCUCCUUCGUCACGGGGGGCCAGGGGGCCGUGGAGCUCCACCUGUGCAUCUGGCGGCUCUUCCGCGUCAUCACGGAGCAGAUUACGGAGUGGAAGUGCCUGACGUUUUUCAAGUUCAAUGCCAAUCUGGCCGUGGAGAAGACCGACGAGUGGUUCGGUGAGAUCUUCCACCUGGAGGGCAGCUUCCCCACCGGCCACCCCAUCCUGCAGGCCUGCUUGCGGGCCCUCCGCAACUUCCAGAAGUACCUCCCCUUGCUGCAGAAACUCAGCAGCCACUUCAUCAAAGUGGGCUGCUGGAAGGAGAUCUUUGCCGUCAUGGAUGCCAAGUGCCCCAUUAACAUGCAGUUCACCCUCGGGCAGCUCCUGGCGCAUCCUUUGCUGGAGCACAGCGACAGCAUCUUGCGGAUCUACACCUGCGAGAAGUGCCGCUAUCACUCCAGGGACACCCUGAAUCGGAUGCAGAAGUUCUGGUCUGAGAAACAGUUUCGCCUUGUCAACUUUAUCCUGAAUGUGCCGUAUCAGUCGCAGGCCGAGCGUUCCCGCCGAUUGGGUGGCUCCCACCAGCGCCCUGCCAAGCGCGAAUACAUCUCCAAGGACAGCGGCACCUACGUGUUGUCCGACACGGUGGAGCUGAAGGCGUCCGUGGAGCAGAGCCUCUUGACCCUGCAGAACAUGAUCCUCUCCCCCUACUCCGCGGAGCUCCAAGAGGAGGCUGUGAGGUGGAGCUCCAUGCUGCGCUCCUUUGAAUCCCUCCUGGAGGCCUGGGUCAGUUUCCAGCAGAAGUGGGUUUUUUUGAACAUUGUGCUCUAUGAGAAGGACAUCAGCCUGCCCAGCGCACAGCUGGAGUCUCGGUUCCAGGGGGUGGACGCCUUCUUCCGGGAGCUCAUGCAGGUGACGUGCCAGGACCCGCUGGUGCUGUCCAGCAUCAAGCCGUUGCUCGGCUCCUGCCGGGAGAGCCACUUUGCCGGCGGCCCCUUGCAGGCGGCGCUGACGGAGGCCUCCGGAGAGCUGCAGGGCAUCAUCCGGGCCCUGGACUACGUGCUGGAGGCCACGCGCAUGGCCUUCCCCCGCCUCUUCUUCCUCAGCAACGAGGAGCUCGUGGCCAUGGUGGCCACGACGGCCGAGUCGGCAGAUGCCACCUCCUGGGCCCGGCGCUGCUUCCCGGGCGUGCGGCAGCUCCACCUGGUGGUGCCCUCUGCCGUGCAGACUGCCAGCACGUUCUGUGCCCUCCCCGUGGAGCUGCACGUGACGGGCCUGGUGGGGGAGCAGGGGGAGAAGCUGAAGCUGUGCGCGAUGGUGCCGCUCAGCCGGAAGGCGACCCAGUGGCUCUGCACCCUGGAGCGGGCCAUGAAGGAGACCCUCUUCUACCGGCUGCAGGACUGCCUGGCCCAGCGGCUGGCUCUGCGGCCGCAGCUCGACCUGGCCUUCCAGAAGCCGCCCGGCCCCACGGAGCUGCCCCUGCACCUGCUGGUGGAGCACUGGGCCACGCUGGGCACCACCUUCCCCGUCCAGUGCGUGCUGCUGGCCGAAGAGGCCUUGUGGCGGGUGGACCUGGAGGAGGCGCUGGGGGAGCCCGGCAGGCAGGCCAUCCUGGCGCUCAAGCUGAGCCUGAAGGCAGAGGCCCUGACCCACUACCUGCGCAACUUCCGCAGCCUCCACACCUGGCAGCCUGAGAGUGACUCUCUGGGGGUGCUGCUGGGGGGGCUCCUGGUGCUCACCAUCCAGCAGCGCGACGUCCUCUCCCAGCUGCAGGUGCACAAGGUGAGCUCCCCGCAGGCCUUCGAGUGGGCCCGGCACUUCAAGUACCGCGUGGCCCUGAAAGCGGAGAAAGCCAAGGCUGCUCGGGUCCCUUUGAGCAAGUGGGCAGGCAGCCCCCCCGGCUGCUGGGCAGAAAUCCUGGACUGCCGCUGCCCUUACGACUACGAGUACCUGGGGCCCGGCACGCGCCCCCUGGGCAGCCCCUCCCUCGACAGGGCCUUCCUGGGGCUGUUCCUGGCCCUGGACGACUUCUGCUGCGGGGGGCUGCUGGGCCACCACGGGUCGGGCAAGUCCCACGCUGCUCAGGGCCUGGCCCUGGCGCUCGGCCGCCAGCUGGUGACGCUGCACUGCUCCAAGCAGAUGCCCAUCAGCUGCCUCAGCCGGUACCUCUGUGGGUGCGUGCACGCCGGGGCCCUGCUGCUCCUGGAGUCGGUGGAGCGGCUGGAGCCGGCCGUGCUCUCUGCCUUCGGCCAGCGCCUGGCCGACCUGCGCAAGCUGUGCUGGAGGGUGCGGGAGGCGCGGGGGGGCGGCGCAGGCCCCUCUCCGACCAGCCAGGACUCCGCCGACUCCAGCAGCGAGAGCGAGGAGAAGCAGGUGGCCGCUGCGCCAGAGCUCGGCCCGGAUGAGGCUGAGCCGUACCGCCCCCAGGUCAUAGGCAACAUCCUCUUUGGGGGCCGGCUGCUGCGGGUGCGGGAGACGUACGGCUGCCUGGCCACCCUCGAGCGCCCCCCGGAGGCCCUGCGGCUGGUCAUGCGCCCCCUGGUCAUCCUGCCCCCUGACUUGACCAGGCUGGCUGAGGUCACCCUUCUGGUGGCCGGCUUCCGGGAGGCCACGCGCCUCGCAGAGAAGCUGAGUGCUUUCCUGUGCCUGGAGGGGGAACUGGGCCCAGCCCCCCCGUCCGGCCGGGCAGCCCUGGUCAGGGAGGUGGUCAGCAAGGCCAUCAGCAUCUUGUUCAACCCUGCCGCCCAGUGGGACCCUCUCCAGUCCAGGCCCAGGGCCGCCAGCAGGGCCACCUUCUUCUUGGGCCUGGAGGAGGCGCCGGCCGUCAUCAAAGCGCUGUGCACCUCCCGCUUGCUGAGCGGCCCCGAGGGCCCCCGGCUGCACCAUGUGCUGAACCUGCUGCGGGGCAUCUUCCCCGCAGUCACCCUGCGGCCUCCGGAGCCCCCCACCUUCCCGCGACUCCAGAGCGCCUUGGUCGCCCAGCUGCACGAGGAGCGGCUGCACCCGGACUCCCAGCUCCUCAGCACCGCUGGGCAGCUCUUCCAGGCCCUGGCGAGUGCUCCCAGCGUCCUUUUGCUGGGGUGCUCGGGGAGCGGCAAGACCACGGCCUGGCGAGUGCUGGCCAAGGCCGUGAGCCGGCUGGCAGCCAGCGAGGCGGCUGCCUUGGUGCGCAGUUCCAGCGGGCACGGGCUUGGCUUGGCCGCCUCCUUCCUGUCUGUCAACGCCGUCUGCAUCUGGCCCAACGCCCUGAGUGUGGCCGAGUUCCUGGGCAGCCUGGAGGAGGGCAUCUGGCGCGACGGCGUCCUCUCCCGGCUCCUGCAGAGGGCGGACACCUCUGCCGUGGUCGGGGGGGCGGGGGCCGGGAGCAGCCAGCAGUGGGUGGUGCUGGACGGGGCUGCCAGCGCCACCUGGCUGGAGCCCAUCUCCUCGCUGUUCGGCCCCAAGCCUGCCCUCCACCUGCCCAGUGGGCAGAAGCUGCAGCUCCCCGAGAGCGUCAAGGUCCUCUUUGAGAUGUCCACUGCUGCCGGGAUGCCCCCCUCCAUCUGCGCGCACAGUGUGCUCCUGCACUGCAGUGGCACCGGCCUGUGGCAGGGGGUGCUGGCCGGCCUGCUGGGCUCCUCCCUGCACCGGACGUACAGCCUGACCCAGCAGAGCCAGGCCAUGCUGCGGGAGCUGGCUGAAGACCUCUUCCCCCGGACCGUGGCCUUCCUGCAGCAGCAGCGCUGCUCCUCGGUCCUGGUGCCCCAUGCCAGCCCCCAGCCCCUCGUGGAGCAGGGCCUCCAGGAGACCGCGGCCUUCACCAGGAUCCUCCGUGCCCUGCUGGAGCAGCACCUGCGCCGGGAAAAUCGCCAGCCCUGCCUCCCAGCCCCGACGGCGGUCCCACAGACCUCCUCCGCUCCGCUCCCCCCGGGUACCAGCACGCCCCUUUCUGCCCGACUGGAGGAGACCAUCCCUGCGCACCACCACGCCUUGGCCCAGAGCUUCUUCGUCUUUGCCUACAUCUGGGGUUUCGGGGGCCACCUUCAUCCCAGAAGCUGGCCCCUCUUUGAGCGGUUCGCCCGCCAGGCCCUCUGCAAGAGCCGCCAUCCUGUUCAGCUCCCUCCGGCGGCUUCUGCUUUUGACCUCUGCCCCCGGCCGGAGGAUGGAACCCUGCAGCCGUUUGAUGGGCGGUACCUUUAUUGCCGGGUCAAGAGCAUCCCUUCCACCUUCUGUGUCCUGCCACAGUACGAGCGAGCGCUCUAUCUCCUGGACCUGCUCUUGGGGAGCAGCCAGCCGGUCCUCCUGGUGGGGGAGCCCGGCUGUGGGAAGACGUCCUUUGCCGAGACGCUGGUGCAGCCCAACCACCUGUACCAGCGGGUGUGCGUGUCCUUCAUGCUGAAGGCGUCCCACCUUCGCCAGCUGCUGCAGAAGAAGUUGCGUGAGAAGGGCCCGUUGCCCUUCGGCAAGCCUGUCCGAGCGCGGGCCCAGAAGGGGCACUUCCUCUUCCUGGUGGAGGACCUCCACAUGGCCCCCCUCGAUCCCGCUCGGGGGGUGAGCCUCGUGGUGGAGUCUCUGCGGCAGGCCCUGACCCACCAGCAGUUCUAUCACGCUGACACGCUGGAGCUACAGCGCUUCCCGGCCGGGGGCUUCAACUGCUUCGCCACCCACUCCGUCCCGGUGCCGGGGGUGAUGCCGCUGUGCCCCCGCUUCGGCCGGCUCUUCAGCACGGUGGUGCUGCCCAACCUGACCCGGGAAACGCUGCUCAGCAUGCACAUGCCGGCCACCUUGGCCUGGGUGGAGAAGUUCCCGCUGCUGACCCGGCACGGCGACUUGGCUGCCACCCUGGUCAGGGCCACGGUGGACGCCUACGAGGCGGUGAGCAAGCAGUUCCUGCCCUCCCCCGCCUGCUGCCUCUUCCACUUCUCCCUGCACAGCCUCCGGCAGGUGUUCCGGGGGCUCUUCCUGCUGCGGCCCCGGCCAGGCAUCCACCUCAGCUGCCCGCUGGAGGAGCAAGGGGUCAAGUCCAUGUUCAGCAGGCGCAGCGUGGGUGGGUCGCGGAUCCCCACCGGCACCAGCCACGCCGGGGUGCUCUCCAUCCGCCUGAUCGUCCGCCUGUGGCUGCACGAGGCUUUGCGCACCUUUGGCGACCCGCUGCGGGGGAGGUCCCAGCAGGCAGCCUGUGGGCAGCUGCUGAUGGAGAUUGCCAUGGCCAAUUUUUGCGCCAGGCGCCCCUUCCCGCACGCAGCGCCCUCCCUCGGCCCCCAGAGCUCUCAGCCGCCCAGCCGGAGCCACAUCUCCUUCUACCAGUCCAGCCUGUCCCGGUCUUCUGCCUGGGCAUCUGCCUUGGAGGAGGAGGAGGGGGAGGGGGAGGAGGAGGAGGAUUUCCUCCCUGACCCGGAAAACCUCCAGGAGUUCCCUGUCAGCAUGGAGGCGGAGCACCCUGACCUCUGGGAUCCUGUGCUGCACGCCCCGGCCCUGGCGCUGGAGCCUCCUGACUCGAAGGAAGACCCCGCCCUGGGAGGGCUGCAGGCGGAACCGGCGAGGGCAGAGGUGGAAGAGCAGGGGGCCAAGAAGGGCGAGGCCGCCUUGGUAGUGCCCUCCCCCACCCAGCGCCACUCUCAGGCGCCCCACCCACUGUCCUCCCGCCGGGCCAGUCUGCCCAAGGCCAGGCGCCGCCUGUCCUCCAAGAAGGAGAGCGCUGGCCCGCUUCUGCCCACCCACCUUCUCUUGCUGCGGGGCGAAUUGCUGGGAGACAUUGUGUUCAGCCAGGAGCUGGGCCCUGAGCAGCACAGUCCUGGGGUCCACAACCCUUACCAGGAGCGGCUCUGGAGGACCUUGGAAAGCCAGUUGGCCCCCUUGCUGCCCCCCGACUUCCUGAUGCCCGCAGAAGUCCUGAAGCAUGUGGUGCACCUGUGCCGCCUGCUCUGCGGCCCGGAGAGGCAUGGCGCCCUGGUCUCCUUCCGGCGGUGCACGGGCCGGCAAUCGCUUGUGGCCCUGGCCGCCCGGGCCACUGACUCCCUGCUGAUGGAGCUGCCUGCGGAGUCUGACGAGGCGCAGGUGCUGGCGCUGCUGAGACUGGCCAGCUGGGAGGCAGGGGUGCAGGGCCGGCGGGUGCUGCUGCUGGUGCAUGCUGGCCUGAGCACCGGCCUCCUGUACCUGGUGCUGGCCCUGAUGGCCGAGGGCACGUGCCCGGGGCUCUAUGGCCCGGAGGACAUCAUACCCGUCGUCCAAGCUCUUGCUGAGCAACAGGUCGCCAAGCGCUCCAUGCGGGAAGACCUCCUUCUGCAGAGGUUCUUCCAGCUGGUGCGUGACAACUUGCACGUGUUCCUGCUGCUGGGGAGCCCCAGCGGACAGGGCCCGAGCAGCCUGGGGCUUUCCCCCUUCGCCACCACCGCCCUCUCGCACCUGCUGUGCAGCCUGAAGAUCUACCAAGCCUGGAGUAUCACGUCCCUGCAGGAACUGGCCUCCAAGCAGCUCCAGGGGAAACUGAAUCAGGCCUCCGCCCUCUCACCCGGGCGCAGCUCCCUGCAAACCAGCCAGAACCUGGUGCCGUGCGCCGCCAAGGCUGCGGCCCUGAUCCACAGCAUGGCCUCCACCUACGCCAAAUACUUGGCUGCCCACCUGCCUCUCGUCACUCCGAGGAGCUUCCUGGACCUUCUGGACACCUUUGUGUGGCUCCUGGGCCAUUUGCAGGAGCAGAAUUGCCAGCGAGUGGAGAAGAUGAAGCUGGCUCUGCACAAGAUGGAGGAAGUGAGCGAGAAGCAGCAGACCCACUCCCGGAACGUGCGGGUCUUGCAGGAGAAGCUGGAGAAGAUCAAGCAGCAAGUGAUUGACAGCCAACGGGAAGUAGAGCGGGAGCAGAUGGUGCUGAAGCAGCAGGAGAAGGAAUGCCAGGUGUAUGAGGCACGGAUAGAUGCCCUCACCAAGGAGCGCGAGGAACUGGAGAAGGCAAAGGAGCUGGCCAUAAAGAAGGUGGGCAGUGACUAUAAGGUCGCCCUGGCAGGUCUGCGGGCCCACGACAUUGAGGAGCUGCGUGGCUACCGGCAGCCCCCAGAACAGGUGGUGUGGGUGCUAGACACCCUCUGCUUGAUGUUUGGAAAGAAGCCGGGCUGGGAGAACGCCAAGCAGCUGCUCUGUCAGAAGGACUUCUACGAAGAGUUGGUCUUCUACCCCAAGGACACCAUCUCUACUGAGCUCUUCCAUGAGCUGGGCAAGGUGGUGAUGGGGAAUAACCUCCGCCUGGCCUCCAUCAGGAGCGCCAGCCAAGCGGCCGCGGCCCUCUGGGGGUGGAUCUGCGCCAUCUACUGGUACCACCAGGCACUGCUGAGCUGGCAGCCGUCCAUGGCGAGGCUGGAACACUGCGACGUCCAGAUCAACUCGGAGAAAGCCCAGCUGGGCCACAGUCGCCUGAUCUCGGAGAACCUGAGGGAUGCCACGCAGGCCCGGAUCCGGGAGCUGAAGGAGACCCAGAGGCAGCAGCAGCAGCUGCUGCAGCAGCUGACCCAGACGCUGCAAGCCCGGGAGGAGGCCAGCUGCGUGGAGAGCUCCGUGGCGAAGCACAUGGCCAGCUGGACCGUGCAGACGCAGGUUCUCGAGCAGCAGCACAGCACGUUGCACGGGGACGCCUUGGUCUGCGCCGCUGCCCUGGCCUACUUGGGGCCGUUCCCCUCCGCACGGCGAGAAGAGCUGCUGGGCAAGUGGCAGGCCCUCUGUGCCGGGGGCCGGGUCUCCCUGGGGCCGGACGACGUCGGCCGGCUGCUGCAGAGGGAGCUGCCCUGUCCGGGCUCCGCCUCCGCUGGCCCCCCCCUGCUGCCCGUGCAACAGCCCUUCCGCCUGGCCUCCUUGCUCAGCUCUGCGCGAGAGCAGCGCCUCUGGGAUCGGGCCCAGGUGCCCAGUGACCCCGACAGCCGCCUGGCCGCCCUGCUGCUGCACUCGGAGACCCACCGGCAGGCUCACCGCUGGCCUCUGCUGGUGGAUCCUAACAAGCAGGCCACCGCAUGGCUGCUCCUGGAGGCAGCAGUGCACGAAGAGUCCCAGGCCUUGCUCAGCGCUGAGCUGGAGCCGGAGAUGGUGGAGCAGGGCGACUGCGACGAAACGCCCAAAGACAACUUAGUUGUGUUGUCGUUGAAAGACCCCAACCUGGAGCAGAUUCUCUUGACUUCAGCUAGCACAGGGGUUCCUGUGUUGCUGGUGGACGUGGAGAAGAACAUCCCCUGGUGUCCAGUUCUCCAACAGCUGGUCAAGAAGGAGCCAUUGCAGGGAGUUCCAUCGACCUGCUCACAGACCCCGCAGGAGAGAUCAGUCUCAUCUUCCUUCCAGCUCUAUCUGUGUGUCCACAUACCCCUGGAGGCUUUGGCCACAGAGCUGGAUCCGAGGGUGCUGAAGAGCCUGAACGUGAUCGACUUGAGCCUCAGUCCUGCGGAGCUGGAGGAGCUGCUGCUGGCGGAGGUGCUGCACUCUGAGCGCCACGAGAUCUUGAAGCACCGCCGGGCCCUGCAGCUGGGAGUGCUGCAGCUGGAGGCCAAGCUGGAGGCCACAGAUGAGGAGCUGGUGGCCCUGAUUUCCAAGCCGCAGCGGUCGCUGCUGGAGGAGGAAAACUUCAUGCCAAUGGUGCAGCUGCUGCAGACCCAACUGCAAGCCCUGCACGCCACGCACCAGCACAUGGGCUCCCUGUACCAGGACCAGGCCGCGCUGUGCGACCAGUACCGGCCGGUGGCCCGCCUCGGCUUGGCCCUUCACCAGGCCCUCCAGCAGCUGGGCCGCCUCCACCCGCUGUACCUCUUCCCCGCCCAGGACUGCUUCAGCCGCAUGCGCCAGGCCCUCUUCUCCGCCAAGCGCUCCGACAUCGACAAGCAGGAGUCUCUGGAGGCCCACCUGCUGGAGCUGAGCAAGGCUGUGCUGCGGCACCUGCUCGUGCAGUCCCUCCCUGGCCUGCGGGAGACGGACCGCCUCCUCUAUCCCUUCCUCGGGGCACUGGCCAUGCUGCAGGUGGCCGGCGACUCGAGCCCUCUGGAGCGGCUGGCUUUCUUCCAGGGCUUCCGUGAGCCGGCGGCCCAGGAGCUGCUGCGGCCCGAAGCCGGCGUGCCCCGCCCCAGCUGGGUGGGUGAGGGGGCGUGGCAGGAGUGCCAACUGCUGGAGAGGCUCCCUGGCUUCCAGGGGCUCCUGGCUUCUCUGGCCGGGCGCCCUGCGCAGUGGCUGGAGUACUUCCACCUGCCCUCCACGGUGGUGGGGCUGGCCCUCUGCCCCAGCCACGCCCACCUCAGCCUGUUCCAGCGGGCCAUCCUAUGGCGCAUCCUGCGGCCGGAAGCCAUGAGCAGAGUCAUCUGCGACCUCACCACCUGCCUGCUGGGCUGGUCCCCCACGGAGGAAGAGGCCAUCACCUCCGCUUACUCCCACAGCCGUGCCAACCGGCCCGUUGUCUUUGUCGUGCCCCCAGCAGGGGCCCCGGGCUCCUUCACGCCCCCUCUCCACUGGAUCGAGCAGAUGGCCCAGCAGCAAGGACGGGGGAAGAUCGCGGUCACCUCCUUGGGAACCUCGGACGCCGUGGGCCGGGUCUUGCGGAUGCUGCCCUACUGCGCCAAGAAGGGCAAGUGGCUGGUGCUGAGCAGCUGCCACCUGCAGGAGCGGUGGGACCCCAAAGUGCUGGCGCAGCUGGACCGGAUCCUGGGCACGCAGGCAGGGGACAGUGAAGGAGGAGAUUUUGAGAUCCACCCCAAGUUUCGCCUCUGGCUCAUCACUGCAGCUGAUGCCCCAGGCUCUGUGCCAGGGCCCAUCCAUCGGAACAGCGUGGUCCUCUUCUGCGAGAUGCCCCUAGAACUCAGAAGCAUCCUGGCACGCACCCAUCACCUGCUGCAGGGGAAGGUGCCAGGCCUGGACACAAACCACCGGCUGGCCCUGCUGGUGCUGUACGCGGCAGUGAACUACAGGCAGGCGUAUGGCCACUGGACUCAGGCGGAUUCUUACCUGUGGAGCCAAGUGGAACUCUGGGAAGGCUUGAAGGCCCAGGAUCGGCUGAGCAGGCUGAUGGACAACUCGGGAACAGCCCUGCAGGAGCUUGCAGGAAGCAUCCCUUUUGGGGGUCACAUCCUGGACAGCGGAGAUGCUGAGGCCACGCAGUACCUGACCCAGCAGUUCCUGAGUUCCGACGCGCACCAACUGGCCGAGUCUGGCCUCUCCAACCUCCUGGCCGCUGUCCGAGGCAACCCAGACCCAGAGCUGUCCGAGGAAGAGGCGGCGGCGGCCACCGAGGCACGCAUCAAGCGGCUCCCGAUGCCCAUGGAGCCGGCCUGGGUGGGCUUGAGCAGCGGCCUGCAGCAGGAGCUGUUGGCCAGCCGCAGCCGGGCCAUGCUCUCGGCUCUGCAAAAGGCCCAGGGCCUGUGGCAGCCACGGCGCCUGCCGAGCGGCCAGCCGAAAGCCGCCGUGGAGGAGCUGGUGGCGCAGGGGCUGCAGCUGGCCCAGGAACUGCAGGGGAAGCUGGAGGCGUGCGGCUGGGAGGUGGGAGUCCGCAUCCACGUGCCCAAGGGGCAGCCCCACUCCAGUCUGCGGCCCCUGCAGCGCUUCCUGCUGGAGGAGGCCGGCAGCCUCCUGGCCCUGCUGCAGCAAGUGCAGAGAGACCUCCGGUGCUGCCAGGAGCACCUGCAGGGGCCCCCCUGCCCCUCCCCCCACUGCACCGCCAUCCUGCGGGAGCUGAAGCAAGGCAGAGUCCCCUGCCUGUGGCUGCGAUACACCCCCACCGGCCCGCAGCCCCCCCAGGCCUGGCUCCAGAUGCUCCGCCGCCGCUGCCAGCUCCUCUGCUGCUACCUGAAGGACCAGGCAGGGGUGACCUUCCAGCUGGCCGCCUUCCAGUACCCCCAGCGCCUCUUCCUGGCCCUGCGGCAGGAGGCCGCCCGUGCAGAGAAGCAGGAGCUGGACCGCUACUCCCUGGAGCAACAGGUUCUGCUCACGAUGCGGCCCCCCAGCAACGCUCCCAACAAGGUGGGGCUGUACCUGACAGGCCUGGAGCUACGCCACGCUCUCUGGGACACCCACAGCUACCGGCUGCAAGAGGCCCCCUCGGCCAAGCCCUGCAAGCUGCCCGCCAUCUGGGUCCAAGCGGCCUUCAAGCCAUGGAAGGUGCCCUCCCAAAAGCCCACUUACCAGUGCCCCGUGUUCCUCGGGACGCCCGACGCCUUUGUGCCCCUCGGCAGGCGGAAGCCCGUCACGCACGUGGCCCUGCCGUGCCAGCUGGCCCCGGAGGUGUGCGCCCAGCGACGGGUCCACGCUGUCAGCAUCUUGCAGGAAGACCGCUCGUCCCCGUGAAGAAAGACUCCCACCCCCCACCCCCGCUUCCGAGCCAGCAAUGGGCAAAGACCAAAAAGCACACGCGUACAGAAAUAAAGGGAUGUAU